CCAACAGGCUGAACACGGAAUGUUCCGUUUUUAGCAAGUGUAACAACAUCAAAAUGUACUUGACAGUCGUUUCUGUCUAUCAGUUUCCUUUGCAUUACUUCUCUCAAUGCAUUUGUUCUUCAAAGUUAUGUUCUUCAAAAGUAGACUACACUAGUAGAGAGCGUUGCUUUUUCACUAAAGGACACGGAGAUGGACACCCACCAAAUGUGGAUUACUUCAUUUGGAGAAAGACAGAGGGGGAAAGGCUUGUUAAUUAUGAAAUGCUUGCGAGAAUCCCCCGCCUUCUCAUUAGGCUUAGCCGGAACUGUCAUAGUGCAUCACAAGGAAACCGUGUUGAGCUUGGCAUUAUGUAGCAUUAUCUCUUUAUCAUUUGUCAGUGUUAAUUUAUACCGUUUGUGUUAUAUAGCCUAUACAUACUUUUUUCAAAUAUUAGUGAAAUUAAUGUUGUUUAUGUAUUCGAAGCAAUCUGUGUUAACUACAGCUAUCUGGCAUUUGCCGUCUCAGUGGAAUGUUGUGAAGGCCAGACUCUCACAGGCCACCACAGAGAACUGCAAUAAAACAAUUUCCUGCACAAAUGCACUCAACAACAUGUCUUUCUUUCUUUAAUUCCAAUGUACUUUACACUUAAACUUUGCUGUUUGUUUUAUAUGUUGUUGUCUGUUCCGUUUUGUUUACGCAACAAACACUAUGAACCCCUUAGCAAGUAGCAAGUAGUUGAUUAUAGACAUUCAGCAACAGUUUUUAUGAGAUUCACAUGGACAUUAAUUUAGCAUGCUAUUAGAAUCAUGGAAAAAAGAAACACCAGGUUCGACCUGUGCCUUUUAUAAUAUAAGUUAGACCUGUACAUAUUUCUUUUCAGUUUUUUGUCUUUUUUUUUUUUUUUUUGUAUUAAUACUGUACUAAAGUAGCUGCAUUUGACGAAGUGCCUCUUUAAAAAAUAUUACAAUUUUGCAAUUUUGUGUAAUUUCCCUGAAAGAUUACAUACAUUUACAUAGAAUCCUUAGCUGAUCAAGCCAGUACAUCAGGAGCUGUCAUACAAUUUUCAGUUCGCACAUCCAGGAAUUAUUUUGCAGUAAAACCAUAAACCACCACUCUUUAAGCAUUCAAGUUUUAAUUUAAACGAACCUGCAAGUCGAAAAUGUAAUAUGCAUCUGUCUUCACUAUACAGUGGUUUAAUUUAGUUUGAUUCUGAUACGUUGUUGUAAAAUUGAAAGUCGUGAAAUAGAAAUAGAGUUUUUAAAACAGUUUCUCAAAGGUAGAUAGGCCAAAUCCAAAUGAAUAUAUUUCAGAUAUGUAUUGCGUGUUAAGAUAUUUUAUCUCUGUUCCGUAACCUUUAUUAAUUCAGAUAUACUUAAAUAGAUACAUACAAACCAUAUAUUAUGAACAACAGGCACAUGUUGUUCUCAUUAUGUAGACGACUUCGUUGUUGGGAGUAUCGAUUUUUAAACCAAACCAUUGAAGCUAGGGAUAUUCACUAAUUACGUAAUCUUAUUACUAAACCUUUAAACUCGUUUAUGCAAUAGAGGUUGAGGCUUCUGGACAUAAUUCUGUACUAUAGGAAACUACAUUAACGAGCCAAAAAAGCAAGGGGAAAAAAAGACAAAUAGUCAACUAGUAAUUUAUGCAACUAAGCCACCCUCAAAUGCAUUUAUUUAUUUAUUUAUUUAUUUAUUUAUUUAUUUAUUUAUUUAUGUCGCUGGCUUUUUACUAUGAAGUGUUAGUUUGUGUGUGUGUGUGUGUGUGUGUGUGUGUGAGAGAGAGAGAGAGAGAGAGAGAGAGAGAGAGAGAGAGAACCCACACAAAGAGGAAAGAGAGAAUCAAUAAUCAAAUAUCUCAAUAUAAGGGGGUGUGCAUGCGCUAUGUUCUGCACGCAUUUGUAACAGGGCAAAGAAAAGCCAGUCUUAUUUUGCAAUUUUAUUGUUGCUUCCUGCUUUUUAUUGGAAGAUACAUAGUCAGCUGACAUUGUCAUCUCACCCAUCUUUUAACGAGGAUUUAGAAACAUUAGGUUGCGUACACAUUCUUUGGUGGAUUCCUGAAAUAAAUUAUAAAGUAUUUAUACAAUUAUUGUAACUAAAGACAGGUUGACAAGAAUAAGCGUGAAAAAGAGAGACUGUAGAGAGAUUGAGGAAGGGAGUGAGAGAAAAGGUGUGUGUGGGUUUUUUUUUUUAAAGAAAGAAGGUAUGAAUUCCUAUUUUACGAACCCGUCGCUCUCGUGCCAUUUAAACGGCGGUCAAGAAGUUCUGCCCAAUGUUACACUCAGCUCGACAAACUAUGACCCGGUGCGACACUUCUCGCCAUAUGGCGCUGCCGUGGCCCCAAACCGGAUAUACUCCAAUCCGUUCUAUUCAACACAAGAAAACGUUAUGUUCGGGUCCAGCCGAGGACCGUACGAGUAUGGAUCAAAUGUGUUCUAUCAGGAAAAGGAUGUGCUUCCGAGUUGCAGACAAAGCCUUGGGCAAACACAGGGCUCACUGGCCCAGGAUUACGCUUCAGACCAAAGCAAGACUCUGUCUCAGGAACCAAAAGGAAGUAUUCAGAUAUAUCCGUGGAUGCAGCGGAUGAACUCGCAUAGUGGAGUUGGCUAUGGGUCUGACAGACGGCGAGGUCGCCAAAUCUAUUCGCGAUACCAAACUUUAGAACUAGAGAAAGAAUUCCAUUACAAUCGUUAUUUGACAAGACGCAGACGAAUCGAGAUUGCCAAUGCGUUGUGUCUGUCGGAACGCCAGAUUAAAAUUUGGUUUCAGAACCGCCGGAUGAAGUGGAAGAAAGAGAGCAAUCUCACAUCCACCCUCAAUGACAGUGGCUCCGUAGGAGCUGGCCAGGACACGGACAAAGAAGAAGAAGUGGAAACAGGAGGAAAACAAGAGAAUAGCUGACUGCCAUACCACCUUAUUAAAGACUGGGCAUUCAAUAAUGUUCUACUACAUUAUAACUAGGCUACCUAUCGAACUUUCAUAAUUUGCACAAUUUAUUAACACCAAAAACUGUUAUAUUUCGAUUAGAUGCGAUGCGUAUUUUGCCCCUCCGUUUAUCAUUUACCCAGAACUGUGGAAACUUACAUAUUUCCAGAAAUUACAUUCCUAGAAUUACACAUAGAUUGUUACAAAUCAGACAGUAAAAUCUUUUUCUUUUUCUUGAUUUGGUCUUGGCAUAAUCUAAAAGCAUCCUGGGAUAUCUUGGAUGUUGAGAGGUGCAUAUAAUGGACUGCGAAUACAGACUUUGACCAAAUACGUUAAGGAAAUUUCAAAUGUUACGCUACAAUAAUUAUAGUGUAUUAUCACAAAUUGUAAAACAGAUAACAUUGAGUGCACUGUAAAUGUUUGUAAAUAUAUGACAACCAAAUACUUUUGAUGAACAUCUGUGUAGCUUUGCGAAAAAUGUAAUUUAAUGCAUUUCUUUGAUUUCUUUUAUGUGUGUGUGUGUUUUUUUUGUUUUGUUUUGUUUUGUUUUGUUUUGUGCUACGUGCUGUAGGAAUCAUACGGUGUAAAAAGUAUUCUCAGAUAAUUUUGGAAAAUUUUGAUUAUUAGAUAAACGUUGUAAAUACAAUGUUUAAAAAUAAAGUAAAUAAAUCUUCAAUAAAGUUGUGAUGAAUAUGACGACAGUACUUUAUCUCCUCAUAAUUAUUAAAUCCAAUCAAGUCGCAAAAAAAAAAAAAAAACUUUAAAAACGACAACUACACCAGAAACCACUCUAAAUUACAAAGUGAGGUUGCCAUUGAGAAUGCUAUACUGCUAUACCUUCCGAACAUUU